AUGGUUGCCGCCAGCCUGGUUCGAGGCUCACUCGCUCAGACAUGGUGCGGAAAGAACUAUAUGGCAAAUCAGUCUGUGGUGCCCCCUGGCGGACAGUUUAUCUUGCCCACACGAGGUGCUGAACCGCUUCUGUCGUUCCGCUGUGCCCCUGUCUUCCGUCCAUACCUCGAGGAGGAUGCAAAAAGUGCAGCAUUUAUAGUCGACACACCAAUAGUUUAUGAUUGGAUCGCCGGCGCUGAGCCCAUCUCACUUCCUUCCAAUUCGGGCUCGUCUGGCGGAUCCACUGGCCUAGGAAGCCUCAGUAUCACUAUCAGCGUGGGUUCCAUCCAUACCACCGCAAACGUUCCUCUGAAUGCUACCGGUAUUCAAAUUCCCGUGGAUAUCAGCACACUUAACGCUCAGAAGACUGCGUACAAUGUCACCUGUUCUGCUACAUAUUCCGCUCCUUCAUCUUCGGGGUCCCAGCCUGCAAACAAGCAGAUAUUCGAUGCUAGCUCAUCCCUUUUAUAUCUCCCUGACACAAAUGCUUCUGUCACGAAGACUGACUUGCGCACUGGUGCACUCUGGGUACGGCCUGCAAGUGGCAAUGGUGGAGCAUUUGCGCCCUUCGUGCCUCAAGGAUUCUACAUAAAUUUCGACGAGUAUCUGGCGACAAAUUUAUCUAUGAUCGACCAGCUCAAAGAUGAUGGGUUCCUUCACCCGAUUCCUCCUUAUGACAACCUUACUAUUUUUCAACAAGUUAUCGAGAGGACCAUCAGUGUCGGCAUGUACAUUGUUUAUGAUAUGCGAUCGAACUACCAAAACUUGAGUACCGUCGCCCAACAAGUGAACACCUACGCCUCGAUUCCCAACCUAUUGAACUGGGAGACCGCACACGAGCCCGAUGGCAACUCUGAUCCCCAAAAUGCGGCGCAGGCGACGUAUGACUUAAUUUACGAAAUUGAUGGAUAUCAUCCUGUCUCUAUUGUUCUGAAUUGCCAAGACUACAACUUCUCGCCCUACGUCAAGGGAGCUGAUAUCGUUCUGCAGGAUGCUUAUCCUAUUGGUAUUAAUGCGACAUGGUCUCCUGUGUGGAAUACAGAGUGUACCCCCGACUUCGGUCACUGUGGUUGCGACAACUGCCAAGGGCAGAUGUGGGAUGUUAAGGCCCGCGUCCAGACCUUCAAAGACAGACUCAACAUCUUGGGCUUUGACCGAACCAAGUCUGUGUGGACCACACCCCAGGCUUUCGGUAGCGCCGCGUACUGGAACACGACACCCACUGGCAUCCAAUGGGCUGCUAUGGGAUUCACUUCCUUCAGCCAUGGUGCUAUAGGUUCCAAGUCUUACCAAUACCCGACCACAACUAACAAUGAAACAUCGAUCGAGGGGACGGCAGCUGCCCUCACUGUUCUCAUCCAAAACUACGUUCAACCCUUCUUGGUCGACCCGAACGCUACAUCUACCAACUACAACUACCAGGGCGUGGAUGCUGGUGUCUGGUACAAUGGCACUUCAUACUUACUUGUCGUUGUCAACAUGAACAGCACGCAGGUUUACGCACCCUACCAAGAUAUAGGAUUGGGCUGGAUCACCAACGCGACAAAACAGGUACAACGCGUAGUUUCUAUCUACGAGAUCCCCUCCGCCUCUGGCAAUCUUACCGGUAUAACGUUCGAACCUGGAGGAAUUGGACUUCACAUUGCGACGCCCUGA